GACAAAGGAAUGGGGCCCCCUCAUGGCCAUACUGCGCAUGCUCGCCCCGUGACCCUAGCUUGAGGUGACGGCGGGAGCCAAGGCGGGGGCCCAAAGCACUGAGGCUGAGGGACCCGCCACGGCUCCGUCGUCCGAGAGGCAGGGCCUGCUGCCGUCGGGCAGAGCCUCUGGACUCCCAGGUUCCUGGCCAGGGAGGAGGAGGAAAAAGCAAGACCUAUCUGCCAGGGCUGAGCGUGGCCUGAGGGCCAGGCUGUUGGUCCUGGGAUGCCCCUGCCCCAGUCCAGUGAGCAGGAGGGUGAGAGCAUGAAGGCCACCCAGGAGCCAGCUCCUCAGCCUGGCACAGAUGUGGUCCCAGCAGCCCCCAGGAAGCCCAGAAAAUUCUCCAAACUGGUCCUGCUGACAGCCUCCAAAGACAGCGCCAAAGUGGCUGGGGCCAAGCGUAAAGGAGUGCACUGCAUCAUGUCCCUGGGAGUGCCAGGCCCGGCCACCUUGGCUAAGGCCCUCCUCAAGACUCAUCCUGAGGCUCAACGGGCCAUUGAAGCAACUCCCCCGGAGCCUGAACAGAAGCGCAGCAAGCCGAACCUGGCCAGCUCAGACUAUGGGAGGAAUGAGGUGGCAGGUAGCAGACCGAUUGGCUGAGGACAAACAAAAGAGACUGGCAGAUACAGGUGGACCAGAAGACAAUGGAGGGUCAGGAGGGUCGUCUUCAAGUCCAGUGGAGACCACUGCACUCCCUAAGGCCCCCAGCGCUUCUCCAUAACCUGGGCAACUGCUGCUGCAUAAGUUACUUUUCUAAGUAAGAAACAAAAAAGAAAGAGAAAAUAAAAGAAGCUGCUGUUUCCCACCA